UCGGCCAUAUCGCUCCACCUAGCACGCUGGAGCGCUCGCAAGCCAGCCGCCAGGAUGCUGGCAUCCGGGUUAAACGCGAGGCGGCGGCUGAGGCGGGGAUGGCGGCCAGUACGGACGCUGGCCACGGCCAGGGCCACGGCCAAAGGGCGGGCUCCAGCGGGUUGGGGCGUCGCGGGGCGGGCAGUAGCGCUGGGAUUUCGGGGUUCGAGAUGAGCUCCUUCGCUUCUCCGUUGGGCGGGUCCGGGGCGGCCGGCUCCAGCGCCAGGGAGCCGGCUCUGGCCUCUGCUCCCGCCUCUACUUUCGUCUCCGCCUCCGCCCUUGCCCCCGCCCCCGCCUCCGCCUCCGCCUCCGUUUCCACCUCCGGCCCCCUCCCGGCCAUGGCGGGCCGCUACGGAUUGUCGGUGCGGGAUCUGAACGAGCUGCUGUCGGAGGGCGGCUGCUACAGCCUUCCGAGCGAGUCCUGCAACGAGGUGACCCCAAGGAUCUACGUGGGCAACGCAACUGUGGCGCAGGACCUCGCCAGGCUGAAGCAGUUGGGGAUCACGCAUGUGCUGAAUGCUGCCGAGGGCUUGUCCUUCAUGCAUGUGAACACCAAUGCCCUCUUCUACGAAGGUACCAACAUCACCUACCUUGGCAUCAAAGCCAACGACACGGAGGAGUUCAACCUUAGUGCUUACUUCGAGAAAGCAGCAGACUUCAUUGACAAUGCCCUGGCCCAGAAGAAUGGCAAGGUGCUCGUCCACUGCCGAGAAGGUUACAGCCGCUCGCCUACUCUGGUCAUCGCAUACCUCAUGCUCCGCCAAAAGAUGGACGUCCGAUCCGCGGUGAGCCUCGUGAGGCAGAACCGGGAGAUCGGCCCCAACGAUGGCUUCCUGACGCAGCUCUGCCAGCUGAACGAGAGACUAGUUAAGGAGGGAAAGUUGUAACCCCCUAAGAAUCAAAGCCGAGGUGCCGGGGGCGUCCCCGAGCAGUUCCCAAGCAUGCUGCCCCAGCAGGUUAGGUUAUACCACAGGCACCUUUCCAACCACUCGUUUCAGGACCUUCCAGGGAGCCCUUCUGAAAGAGGCCCCCUGCCCUGCUCGUCCGGAGGAGACUUCAGGGAAGGGAGCUUCUUUAGAAGACUCAUUCCUGGUGACUGGGAUAGUCCCUGACUCUGUGUGAAUCGUAAUGUGUUCCCCCUCCCCAGCUGACCUGACACCUCACCUGGACACAGAAGCCGUGGCGGAAGCCGUUCAGAGUCCAGGUCCCUUUACAAUCCAAGAUGAGCAAACCUGGUAGAGGUGCCUUUCCCCAGGGCCUGGCCCUUAGCACUUCCAAGCCCUGGACUAGCCUCUCACCGAGGCCAUGGCCUUCUUACCCUUGGUGCCCUCCUCUUCCCCCCAAGCCCAGGCACUCCCAUGUCCACUCUCUUCUCUGGGCAGCUUGGCCUGGGUGGCAGAGUGAGGAAGCGCCCCUUACCCCUUGUCUCAGUGAGCCCCAGGAUGCUAGUGAUUGGGGGGUUCCCAUGAAAAAAGUGCCUUAAUUUUAAAGGCGUCUAGAGGAAAAGAGAACACUAAAAAGGAAGAGAAAAUGAAGGGGAGUUGUCCUCUUUUCCCUGUUCCCCGUAAUGUUUAUGCUAAUCCUUAGGAAUCUCAAAUCCAGAAUUGGUUUCAUUGGCAUUUUUUGCCCCUCUUCUGCUCCUAGUUUGUUAGAAGAGUGAUGUUGUUGGCCUCGUUUAUAUUAGAGCCCCCAGGCCCAGAUUCUAUAAAAAUAUCUCACCAUGUGGGGGGUUUUGCAGUAGGCGACAGAGAUGAUGGGCCUCUGGAUGUUCUUUUCAGUUUGGUUUCUAUUUAGAGUUUAGAGUGAGGGCAUCCUCCAGUAAUAGAAGAUGUGCGUGUGUCUGUCACCUUUGGGAGCCUGACAGCUGCAGGGAGAGACAGCCCAAGUUAAUUAUAGCGAGGGGUUAUUCCCCCGCCGGUUCUUGGGGAGUUGGGGAGUUCUUCACACUUUAAUUUGAUCUUUAAGAUUACUGGAACCUUUCAAGCAGCCACCAGAAAUAAAAUAUAUUAUAGUGACUGAA